AUGACUGACUCCGAACCGACUCAACCCAUCACGAAUGAGUUCCUCGCCUUCCUGCAACUAAAAAACAAGCUGGUGCAGGAAGGAGCGAUGGAUGCUGUGACUGCUGUCCAGAUGAGUUCGCGUGCGUCGAGUUUCACCGUGGAAGACAUCUGUGCAGCGAAGCAAGUGCUGUGCCAGUCCCUCGGGAUCGUCGGCACAUAUGUACCUCACCGGAGAGGAGAUGAAGCCGGGAAGAAGUCCCUUGAGGACAUAAUGAAAAUCCUGAGUGAAAACAAGGAUCGGAUUCCGGAGUUUGUGGCGACGGGUGCCCCUAUCCUUCCGUCGUGUGCUCCGGAUAAUGUCGACGUUCGCCUCUUGUUUAAGGAAAUCGUGGCCCUAAAUACAAGAUUAGCCGAAGUUAUUAUGAAGUUUGAAGCUAGCCUAGUCACUAUCGCCGAGUUACGUGACGAAAUUACAUGUUUGCGGAAUGCUCCAACUCGGUCGGCGGUUUCAAAUUUCAAGAGCGAUUAUCGACCUGACACUUGUGUCGAGUCGGUUAGUUUACGUGCUGCUGACACUGCAAAAUGUGCCGCACGCGCCGCUGCACCGCCCGCGCACCCCCCGCGCGAGCGACCGCCUCCUGUCUCCUCCAAGUCACGUCAGCGUGCUUAUGCUGACGUCGCCGGUCAGUCUGUCGCAGCUAACCGGGUCAACGCGCCUUCUAAGGCGUGUAAAUCACGGGCUCCCCUUUUAGAGAAGUCCUCCCGCACCAAUGUGGAUAAGGAGGGAUUCACACUGGUGGAAAGGAAGAGAAAGGCACGCAGGUCGCCCCGUAAGACUCUGUGUGGCACUGCGGAGCCGGUUAAUUCCGGUCUACGAAUUGCAACACCGAGUAAGGCGCUCUACGUGUCUCGACUGCAUUACUCCGCCGGAGCCGACGAGGUGGUGGAGUACAUCCGCCGGAAGACUGGCUAUACGCUGAGGGUGCACCAGCUACAGUCGCGUCACUAUGUGCACUUCAGUUCAUUUGUGCGAGGGAGGGAGAAUGAGGUGGACUCUGUGGUGGCUCCGUCGCUGCGGGAAGCGCAGCCCCGCCGCCCUGGCGUAAGAAAGUGCGGCACCAACGCUCGCCUCCGCAGCUUCUCCUUUUUGGUCGCCUUCGGCGACCAGCCUCAGCCGCUUCGGCUCGCUCGGUGCCUGCACUUUCUUACGGCGGGCGGAGGCUGCCCUCCCUCCGCGCCUCCGGGGUUUUAUAUACACUCUAGGGGUAGGGACCACAAAGACCACGUGGGGUCGGGGUUGACAAAUUCGGUUUCAUGA